UAAAACGGGUUAUCACGGUAAUAUAUUUGUUUAAAAACUAUUUUCAUUAGGGAAGGUAAUUAGUUAAGUUUAGUUGCCAUUCAAUGUGAGGUAACUAUGGUGCUUUGGCAAACACAAAUUGAUCCAUUUCCGUUGCACUUGCUAAAAUUAGAUUGCCUCAGUUUUCGGUCUGGAGAAUUUUGACAUUGUUUGUCGGCAUUGUUUGACUUUGUUGAAGUGGUAUUAUUUAUUGAGGAGACAAUUUGCUUUAAGUUCAAUCCGAAUAGAUAAUCCAUCUCAGAAAUUGCUAACGACCCCUCAGCACUUCCCGUGUUCUUCACUUGUCAGACGUGUUUUUAUCUUCAAGUGACCUUUUGUUAAUGUUGUAGAUUGUGUGGGCCACCAUGUCGAGGCCGGAAACAAAAGCAAAGAUUGAUUAGCACAUACAUUUUACCAGUGAAAAGAAGACAACAUCAAACAGAAGUCAAAAUCUUAACAAACGCGCAACGCCUUUUAAAAUUAAAGACUUGCAUUAUACCCCAAAAAAAGUUUCGUGCUUCGUAAGUCCUUUAGGAUAGAUUUCGGAGCUAAGCUUUACUUGAUUUGCGAAAACUGGUAUAGUUUGUGUGUGGAAAAGCCACUACCGUAGUUGUGUGUAUAUUAUGAACCUUCUAUAACAGUGACUUUGAUCAGACCGAUCAUUUGUUCGAGCUGUCAGGUUUAACAUGUCAAGACUUUCAACAUGUCAGUCUUAAUCUUCUUCAAACACCCCUACGUGUGACCAUCUGAUUGACUGAUCGGUGAUACGAUCUCAAUAAUGCCAUUUUGUUUCUAGUCUGCCGCAACGACCCGAAGUGAGAUUUCUCAAUUUAAGAUUUUUAAAAUAUGUUCUUUUUUCAUAAGGGAGUAAUAUUCAACAGAAAAAUAAGCUAUUAACAACAAGAAAUGAAGGUGUAUAAUUCGUUCAAGCGAAUUGAAGUGCGGUCUACUGCGUCCGCCUUUUGUUCGCAUACAAAUUGAGUUUACUCUGAGAACGAUAUAUUUCCCUAAACUGAAUGCCUCUUUUCAAAAGCCGUUCUUUUUCAAGUCACACCAGGCUUGUAAUCAGCAACAAAGGCUGACAUAAAUCAACCCAGAUUGACAGCACUGACAAAUAACUGAUUGAUUGCGGUUGGGAAAAUUGACAGUUGGAAGGGUGGGGGUGUUGAAUUGAAAGCAUGUGACAUUGAGAUCCUGCUCCGGAUUGGCCUGAGAUCGUCACAUGCUGGAGUCUAAAAUUUUUUUGCCUUCACACAAUAACCAACACACACACACACACACAUACACACAUACACAUAUACGCACACACAAAAAGUUAACAUCACAUCCCCGUGACCCUCCAAUCACCUCGGGGUUCGGUGCUCAUUGUGUGAUUUGAUUGGAAGGCGGCAAAGGCUUUAAUCUUGAAAAUUACAGCGACUGAAAUCGGCAAUAACAGCAGCAGGGGAAACAGUAGUAGCAAGCCGUUCUACCACUCCGUACCUCCCUCUGACCCUUUAAGACAAGCUAAUCGUCUUCCUAUCAAGGUUUUGAAAAUGCUUACGGCUCGCACCGGACACAUUUUGCAUCCCGAGUACUUACAACCUUUACCAUCUACGCCCGUAAGUCCCAUUGAGCUUGAUGCGAAAAAGAGUCCUCUGGCACUUUUGGCUCAGACAUGCUCUCAGAUUGGAAAGCCGGAUCCCCCGCCAUCCUCCAAGCUCACGUCUGUGACUCCCAAUGGAACGUGCGAGAAAGACUCCGGAAAAUCUGCUCCGUUGAAACUUAGUGACAUUGGCGUGGAAGACAAGUCGAGUUUUAAGCCGUACUCGAAGCACACGGAGAAGAAGGAUUCCAGUUCCUCGGGCAGUUCCAACGUUUCUGCGGAGAAGUCUGGUUUCCGUGUGCCGAGCGCCACCUGCCAACCAUUCACACCAAGGACAGGCAGCCCGAAUUCCAGCACUUCCUCGCCCAUGCCCUCCGACAGCAAAGGCGCCGAGAGCCAGGAAAAGAAAGACAUAGACACCGUGAAAAACAGCUCCUCAGAAAACUCCACGACCACCAGCGUCAGCCACAACCGGAUUAGUGUCAGCUGCGCUGGGAUAAACGUGGAAGUGAAUCAGCACCAGGAAACUUCGGUUUCGAAACCCAUUAUUUCGGAGACUUCAGCUCUGGGCUCCGGACUUGUUGCCCCCGUCUCGCCCUAUAAACCUGGGCAGACUGUCUUUCCAUUGCCCCCGGCCAGUAUGGCUUACCCUGGGACACUCGGGGCCUACGCUGGCUACCCGCACCAGUUUGUACCGCAUGGCGUCAGCUUGGAUCAUGCCAAAUCCAGCCUUGUCGGGGCGGCUCAGCUCGCUAGCUCUUUGGGUUGUGGCCUCUCCAGCAAACCCACCGGUUCCAGCCCAUUAGCCGGUGCCUCUCCCCCAUCAAUGAUGACGGCUAGUCUUUGCAGAGAUCCCUACUGUCUAAGUUAUCAUUGCGCUGCCCACCUUGCCGGGGCAGCCAGCAACUCUUGCACCCAUGACCCCACCGCUCUGAAGUCUGGAUACCCUCUGGUUUAUCCCUCUCACCCUCUACACGCCGUUCACACGUCCAUGUCCAGCAAUGCUGGAACGCCAACCCUGACGGGACAUCAUUUGUACCCUUAUGGUUUCAUGCUACCUAACGACCCCCAACCUCACAUCUGCAAUUGGGUCUCAGCCAAUGGACCAUGCGACAAGCGAUUUUGCACCUCAGAGGAACUGCUCAACCACUUGCGGACGCACACUGCUUUCUCCGGGACUGAUAAACUCAUGGCCGGCUACCCCAGCUCGUCUCUGGGCAGCGCAGCGGCGGCGGCAGCUGCAGCAGCCGUGGCUUGUCACAUGCACCUCCCACCGACAGGGGCGCCCGGGAGCCCUGGCGGUCUCACACUGAGGAGCCCCCACGCUUUAGGACUCAGCAGCAGAUACCACCCGUAUACCAAGAGCCCUCUGCCGACCCACGGAGCCCCAGGGCCGGUUACCACUCUACCCGUACCGGCAACAGGACACUAUUACUCUCCAUACGCACUCUACGGCCAGAGAUUAACCACAGCUUCAGCACUGGGCUAUCAAUGAACACAGACUUUCAAAGCUGCAAUAUGCAUUGCAAAGAAGAUUUAUGUGGGUCCAAUUUCAAAACAGUCAGGAGAAAAAAAAAGUUUUUUUAAACAAAAUGUUGACCUAGAUGUGUUCUGUUGAAAUAACACAAUCUGAUUUUUUUUUCCGUGAAGCCAGUCAUCUCAAAGGUGAACCGAUUAAUGCAUACGUAGAGAUUUCAUCCUGUUAAAUUGUUUUUUUUUUUGAAAUUAAGACGUGUAAAUAGUUUUUUUUUCUUGAAAGUUUUGAAAUACAAUCCAGGUAGUCCCACACAAAGCAGAUUGCAGUUUAAUGGUCAUUUCUUGGUGUUCAUCAAUGGACGGGUUCCGUGAACGCUGUAUUUAUUUAUGUUAGCUUCAAGCGGGAAAAAAACAUAAAGUGCAUUACUUAACAAAAAAACUGAUAGGUAACGUGGAACACAAUGUAGAAAAAAAUAGGAGUUUUCCUAAGUUUCUUUUGAAUUGCUAUGAUUGUAUUGUACGUUCUUAUUUAAUGUCUCUUGGAAAAGAAUUUACAUGCAUGUUUGUUACUAAAUUCCAACUUGUCAUUAUAAUUUCAAAUUACAAUUAUUUUUAAGCUGUACCAUGGAAAGAAAAUUGGUAUUUUUUGUAUGUAUUCUGGAAAUAAGAAGCAGUGCUAUUCAAAAAUAUGACCGUCUUAUUUUGUUAUUAAAUGAAUACUUGAUUACAAAUUGUAACUUCGGUUCGCAUUAUAUAGGUUUUCAAAUAUG